AUGUCUACGUCGAGAGUCGGCUGGUUUGGUCUCGGAUCUAUGGGACUGGGCAUGUCUCUGAAUCUUCAAAAGCACCUGCAGGCGGACAGUUGGUCGUCACUCCGUUAUAGCAACCGCACUCUAUCAAAAGGACAACCUCUUCAAGAUGCGGGAGCUAUUCCCGAAGAUAACUUCGAAAAGGCCAUCCAGAAUUCGGACAUCAUAUUUACAAUGAUCUCCGAGGACGAUAUACUGAUCGAGUUACUGGAUCAAGCUCUAUCUGCAGGUAGACUAUUGAAAGGCAAGAUAUUUGAGGACACGUCUACUCAUGGUGCAACAUUCAUCGCUGCUCCCGUGUUCGGUGCUAGUCCUGUGGCAGCCGCUGGGAAGCUGAUAUUCGCGGUAGCCGGGCCUGCCAAUGCAGUUGAAACAAUCAGACCUCUCAUCAUGAACGUGAUGGGACGGAGCAUCAAAGAAAUGGGCGAGGACGUACGAAAAUCCAGCCUCUUAAAACUUUCCGGCAACAUUCUCGUUAUAAGCUUCAUGGAAGUAAUCGCCGAAGCCCAAGUCCUCGCCCAGCUGACCAACCUCGGUACACAACAACUAGAAGAAUUCAUCGGCAACAUGUUCGGCCCAGUCCUCGAAAGCUACUCCAAACGCAUAACGACAGGCGCCUAUGCACCACCCCUUGAUUCGAAACCCGGGUUCGCAGCAGCGCUCGCAUGCAAGGGUAUGAGGCAUGCUCUUUCUAUUGCGGCUGGUCAUGGGACUCGUCUUCCGACGGUGGAACUUGCGUUGGGGAGGUUAAAUUCGGCUAGGGAGGUUGCCGGGGAGUGGCUAGAUAGUGCAGGUGGUUAUGAGACGGCCAGGGUCGAGGGAGGGUUGCCGUUUUGGAGUGGAAAUAGUCGACAGGAAUGA